GUCCUUGUUUCCUCUCCAUUUUACCCCCUCCUCUCCACCCAUGGAAAGGAAGGAUCAGCCCUGGGCCGCAGUGCUGCCCCUGCUCCUGGUUCUCCUGUCUCUGGCUCAGGAUGCUGCCCAGCAGUUGGACACACGGCAGUUUUUAAUAUAUAAUGAAGACCACAAGCGUUGUGUGGAAGUAGUCGAUGCUGGUGCCGUCCAAACUGCAGUUUGCAACCCAGACAGUGAAUCCCAGAAAUUCCGAUGGGUGUCUGAUUACCACCUUAUGAGUGUUGCAUUAAAAUUAUGCCUGGGCGUGCCAUCCAAAACGGAUUGGGUUAAAGUCCUGCUCUACGCCUGUGAAAACAGCAAAGAGGAUCAGAAAUGGGAGUGCAAAAACGACACACUUUUUGGGCUCCGGGGAGAAGAAUUAUAUUUUAACUAUGGCAACAGGCAAGAAAAGAAUAUCAUGCUUUACAAAGGAUCCGGUUUGUGGAGCAGAUGGAAGAUCUAUGGCACCACAGAUGAUUUAUGCUCUAGAGGUUACGAAGCCAUGUUUACUCUGCUGGGCAACGCCAAUGGAGCGACGUGUGCCUUUCCCUUCAAGUUCGAGAACAAGUGGUACGCGGAUUGCACAAGUGCUGGGCGGUCGGACGGAUGGCUCUGGUGUGGAACCACUACAGACUACGACACAGACAAACUCUUCGGAUUUUGCCCCAUGAAGUUUGAGGACAGCGAAAGAUUAUGGAAUAAAGAUCCGCUGACGAGCAUUUCCUACCAGAUCAACUCCAAGUCCGCUUUAACUUGGCACCAGGCGAGGAAGAGCUGCCAACAGCAGAAUGCCGAGCUCCUGAGCAUCACAGAAGUACACGAGCAAACGUACCUGACAGGAUUAACCCAUGCCUUGACUUCAGGACUCUGGAUUGGACUUAACAGCCUGAGUUUCAACACCGGCUGGCAGUGGAGUAAUCGCAGUCCAUUCCGGUAUUUGAACUGGCUACCAGGAAGCCCAUCAACUGAACCUGGAAAAAGCUGUGUGUCACUCAAUCCUGGGAAAAAUGCUAAAUGGGAGAACCUGGAGUGCAUCCAGAAACUAGGCUAUAUUUGCAAAAAGGGCAACAGUACUUUGAAUCCGUUUAUCAUUCCCUCAGAAAGCGACGUGCCCACUAGCUGUCCCAGUCAGUGGUGGCCGUACGCAGGCUACUGUUACAAGAUUCACAGAGGGGCAAAGAAGAUCCAGAGAGAUGCUUUGACUGCGUGUCGGAAGGAAGGUGGUGAUCUGGCCAGUAUCCACAGCAUCGAGGAGUUUGACUUCAUUUUCUCUCAGCUGGGAUAUGAGUCAACUGAUGAGUUGUGGAUUGGUUUGAAUGAUAUUAACAUUCAAAUGUACUUUGAAUGGAGUGACAGGACACCUGUAACGUUUACCAAAUGGCUGCGUGGUGAACCAACGCACGAAAACUACCGGCAGGAAGAUUGUGUGGUGAUGAAAGGCAAGGAUGGGUACUGGGCAGACUUGGCCUGUGAGCAGCCGCUUGACUACAUCUGCAAGAUGAAAUCGCAAAGCCAAGCUCCAGAAAUAGUGGAAGUAGAAACAGGCUGCCGGAAAGGCUGGAAAAAACAUGGAUUUUACUGCUAUCUGAUUGGACACACGCUUUCAACAUUUACAGAAGCAAACAAAACCUGUGGGAAUGAGAAAGCUUAUCUAACGACUGUUGAAGACAGAUAUGAGCAAGCCUUUCUGACGAGUUUGGUUGGACUGAGACCUGAGAGAUAUUUCUGGACUGGACUCUCGGAUGUACAAAGCAAAGGCACUUUUCAGUGGACCAUCGGAGAAGAGGUUCAGUUCACCCACUGGAACUCGGAUAUGCCGGGACGGAAAGCAGGGUGUGUUGCCAUGAGAACGGGAAGUGCAGGGGGACUAUGGGAAGUUUUGAAAUGUGAGGAGAAGGUAAAAUUUGUGUGCAAACACUGGGCAGAAGGAGUCACUCGCCCACCAGAGCCGACCACGACUCCUGAGCCCAGAUGCCCAGAGAAUUGGGGCACCACCAGUCACUCAAGCUUGUGUUACAAGCUUUUUACAAAAGGGAAACAUGACAAGAAAACCUGGUUUGAAUCCCGGGAUUUCUGCAGAGCGUUGGGUGGAGAUCUGGCGAGCAUCAACCAUAAAGAGGAGCAGCAAGCCAUAUGGCGGCUGAUCACGAGUGGCUCCAACUACCACGAGCUGUUCUGGUUGGGAUUGACCUACGCCAGCCCCUCCGAAGGCUUCACUUGGAGCGAUGGCUCUCCGGUUUCGUAUGAGCAUUGGGCUUUUGGAGAACCUAAUAAUUAUCAAAACACUGAAUAUUGUGGUGAGUUGAAAGGAGACCCCAGCAUGUCCUGGAAUGAUAUCAACUGUGAACAUCUUAACAACUGGAUUUGCCAGAUUAAAAAAGGUCAGACACUAAAACCCGAGCCUACGCCAGCUCCCCAAGACAAUCCCCAAGUCACUGCAGAUGGCUGGAUUAUUUACAAUGAGCAGGAACAGUAUUACAUUAGCAAAGAGAAGGAAAACAUGGACAACGCACGGGCGUUCUGCAAGAAGAACUUUGGGGACCUUGCUUCCAUUAAAGGGGAAUCGGAGAAGAAGUUUCUCUGGAAAUAUGUAAACAGAAAUGAUCCCCAGUCAGCAUAUUUUAUUGGUUUACUGAUCAGCUUGGAUAAAAAAUUUAGUUGGAUGGAUGGAAGCAAAGUGGAUUUUGUGGCUUGGGCCACAGGUGAACCCAAUUUUGCAAAUGAUGACGAAAACUGUGUCACCAUGUAUUCAAAUUCAGGGUUUUGGAAUGAUGUGAAUUGUGGUUACCCACAUGCCUUCAUUUGUCACCGGCACAACAGCAGCAUCAACAGCACAGCCCUUCCCCCAACCACAGCUCCGGCCCGAGGCAGGUGUGCAGAAGGCUGGGCCUUUUACAACAACAAGUGUUUAAAAAUCUUUGGAUUUGUGGAAGAUGAAAGGAAAAAUUGGCAUGAGGCUCGAACGGCUUGCAAAGAAUUUAAAGGAAACCUAGUAUCUAUCCUCAAUGAAAAAGAGCAAGCCUUUCUUACCUAUAGUAUGAGGGGAUCCAAUUUUGAUGCUUGGAUUGGGCUGAAUGAUGUCAAUUCCGAGCACACAUUCCUUUGGACAAAUCAGCGGGGAGUUCAUUACACAAACUGGGGGAAAGGUUAUCCUGGUGGAAGAAGAAGCAGUCUCUCUUAUGAAGAUGCUGACUGUGUUGUUAUGAUUGGAGGCAAAUCCAGGGAUGCAGGACAAUGGAUGGAUGUUCCGUGUGACAGUAAGCGAGGCUAUAUAUGCCAGGCACCACUUGUCAAUUCCUUGCCUCUUCCUACAACAAGUCCACCAGAGGGUUUUAUCAAUCUUGGAGCAGACAGCUAUUCACUCAUUAAACAUAAAUAUUCAUGGUUUGAAGCCGACAAUAAUUGCAAGAACCAGAAUUCAAAGAUUGGAAGCAUCCUGGAUCCCUAUAGUAAUGCAUUUGUAUGGCUACAUAUGCAAACCUCUAAUGUACCUGUGUGGAUCGCCCUGAAUAGUAACCUGACUAAGAAUGAAUACGCAUGGACUGAUAACUGGAGAAUGAGGUACACCAAUUGGGCUGCUGAUGAACCCAAACUGAAAUCAGCCUGUGUUUACCUGGACACUGAUGGCUACUGGAAGACGGCACAUUGCAACGAAAGUCUCUACUCCCUCUGUAAACGAUCAGACGACAUCCCUGCCACGGAGCCUCCACAACUGCCGGGCCGAUGCCCGGAGUCCGAUCACACAGCAUGGAUCCCUUUCCACGGCCACUGCUACUACAUCGAGUCCUCGUACACCAGGAGCUGGGGCCAGGCCUCUCUAGAAUGCCUCCGGAUGGGUUCCACUUUGGUUUCUAUAGAAAGUGCUGCUGAAUCAGAUUUUCUGUCAUACCGUGUGGAGCCCCUGAAGAGUAAAACCAAUUUUUGGAUAGGAUUGUACAGGAAUGUUGACGGGAUGUGGCUUUGGAUCAACAACAACCCCGUCUCCUUUGUCAACUGGAAUACAGGAGACCCCACUGGCGAACGCAAUGACUGUGUACAUUUGCUUUCAGCGUCUGGGUUUUGGAAUAACAUCCACUGUUCUUCCUAUAAAGGAUACAUUUGUAAAAGACCAAAGAUUCUGGAAGCUGAACCAACUCAUACAUUGAUGACAACAAAAGCCGAGUUCAGAAAGAUGGGCCCUUCCAAAGCAUCUUCUGGUGUGACAGGAGUCGUUGUCACUGUCGUCCUUAUGAUUCUGGUUGGUGCCGGCCUCACUGCCUAUUUCUUUUACAAGAAAAGACGGAUGCACCCCCUUGGAGAAGGGACCUUUGAAAAUACCCUUUAUUUUAAUAGUCGGUCAACUCCAGGAGCUAGCGAUACAAAAGAUCUGAUGGGCAACAUUGAACAGAAUGAGCACGCAGUCAUUUAGCAUCAGAAUGCAAUGCAGAUGCAUUUUCAUUUUCAUAGAUUGCAACUAAAGUGUUCGAGUCUUUAAUUCAAUGUGAUUUUUUUUUUCUAAAAAACAAAACAAAACAAAAAAACUAGUACCGUUAUCACACACUUUUCCCUUUCCUGGUCUUGAUUUUCCCUCCAGUUCUUUAGGGUAACGUUUGUUCAUGUGCAGGAAGGAUAAAGCAGCAGAGAACUGGGUUUGUUUCAAACAAGGUUUUCCAGCUUGAAUAUUGCAAACGUGUUCUUGGUUCUGAAGUGUGUGUAUCGGGCAAGCAAAGAUGUGAAAUAAAAAUGUACAUUUGUGUAACUCGCUGUAUUUAGAUGAUAUGAAAUAAACAUCAAAGACAAGGUCUAUUUUUAAUAGAUUUCCA